CUGUACAGUAGUUACCUUUAUCUGUAUGUUCCGAUUAUGUCCAUAUUCGUGGAUAAUCAUAUCUAGACAGCACCUGGUCAACGAGCCCUAUUUUACCAGUGGUAUGGUUUCUUUCCUCAGAUUCAAGCCAAUUUCUGAGCGGGUAGAAAUAAAAAUAGGGCCAAAGAUAGGGCUCCAAUCUAGCGAAACACGGUCCUGUCCCAUUUUUCUGCCCAUUUUUGUGUGGCGUGGAGUUGAAAUCAAGGAGGGUGAUCCGGUUCAGUGACAAAGCUGAUUCAGAAUAUCAAAACGAUAUAAAAACCAAAUACUACAAUCAAAGCAACAAAAAUACUGCAAUCAAACCAAAAGAAAAAAGCAGGAGAGGGGCUAUAGUCAAAAUCAUCGCUGUUUUGCUGAAAAGUGUAUAUGGAGCAUAAAAUCAAGAGUUACAAUAGUUUAAAGUUCAUCCAGCAAAAUGUUUGGUGAAUUCAUUUUUUUCAUUUUAUCUGUUUUGAAGAUAACCUUGAUUUUGGCUUUGUUCUCAUUUUUUGCUAGAGAAUAUCUAUUUGAUUUCAAGUCUUUAAAUCAAAGAAUUGAAACAUGGGAAAACUUGGUUGAAGAAGCAAACUUGCCACCUCCUCAGAGGGAUAUACCUGCUGAUGAUGAAAUAAGACACCAUAUUCUAAUCAAUCGAAUGUUUGAUUUCAACGACUUGGAGGAUGAGUUCAAUUCAAUUGAUUAUAAGCAGGGAUUUAUAAAAUACCGAAAAAAUUUUGAUAAAAAUAUACUGUCUAUAUUUUAUUAUAAGUAUAAAACUCGUAAUAAUUCAAACAAAAAACUAAAACACCAACACAAAAAAAGUGAUCUUAUUAAUUGUUUUAAUUCUAAUAAUUUGAAAAUGGUUAAGUCCACUUUUAAGGGUUUGAAAAUCAAAGGUUUAAAUCAGGCUCAUAAAAUUUUCAAAAUCAAAGAAAAAUCUGAUAAUGACAACAAUAGUGACAACAAUAAUGACAACAACAAUGACAACAAUAAUGAUAAUAACAAUAAUGAUAAUAACAAUAAUAAAAAUAAAUAUACUAUUAAUGGUAUCUUCAGUAAAUCAAAAAAUAAGGAUGAAUAUGACAAUUAUAAAGAUGAUGCUGAUCUUUGUUCAAUAUGUUUAGAAAAUUUCUCUUUAAUGAGCAAAAUGACAUGCCUACCAUGUUCUCAUAUUUAUCACUCCAAAUGUAUUAAAAAAUGGCUUUUUAAUGAUAUUGAUAUAAAACAUUUUCAAAGUUAUGAUGAAUUUAAGAAAAACUGUCCUUAUUGCAACUUUGAUGUUUAUAAAUAUCUUGUAACCGAUUCACAUACUAUCUUUCAUUGAAUUUAUUUUUUUAGAUUGCACUUUUUCUAACUUGAAUUAUUUUUUAUUUUCCUUCAUCUUCAAUACCUGGUUUUUAUAUAUUCAAUACGCUUAUUUCGUUGGUUUUAUUAGUAUAGUGGUUUUAUUCUUGAUUCGGGUUUCUUUUUAUUAUGUAUUCAUUUUUAUUUAAUACCUUUAACUUUUCUUUUUCUUUUCUUCAACUUUUCUUUAACUUUUAUUUAGCUUUUA